UUCCGACGGGAGCAGACAGAAACCUUUUCUGACCACCAAGUCGAUGACAGAGAGGGUGACGACAGCAUAAACAGAAAGCGUGACCAGUCACCAGUGCAGUCAAGAGCUGACGAACUUGCGUGCGUACACUUGCCAUAAUUGGCCAUCUUGGCCGCCGCCGCCGCCCGUACCAUGCUCCCAUUCCGACACCUAUAAGUACUAUCGGGCACCAACCCGGUUGGAAACACAGCAAAAACUAAAAACAGAGCAGCAGGAAGAAACAAACCGAGAGAAAUCCAGAGCAUUUUGGGCGUUUUUGGCAUCGCGAGAUCCACACCGAAAAACCAGCAAGAAUCAAGCUAGGAGUAGUUAACAUGGUGCAAGCGCAAGCAGCGGCGAAAGAGGCGGCGGCGGCAGCGAUCCCGCUUAUGGCGCCGUACAAGAUGGGGCGGUUCGAGCUCUCCCACCGCGUGGUGCUCGCGCCGCUGACUCGGUGCCGCUCCUACGACCACGUGCCACAGCCGCACGCGGCGCUGUACUACUCGCAGCGCGCCACCAAUGGCGGCCUCCUCAUCUCGGAGGCCACCGGGGUGUCCGCCACCGGGGAGGGCUACCCGGAGAUCCCCGGCGUCUGGACGCGGCAGCAGGUCAAGGCGUGGAAACCCAUCGUCGACGCCGUCCACCGCAAGGGCGCGCUCUUCUUCUGCCAGCUAGCGCACGUCGGCAGGGCCUCCACCAACGAUCAACAGCCGAAUGGGCAGGCGCCGAUCUCAAGCACAGACAAGCAGAUCACACCGGACGAUUCACACACGGUGUACUCCAAGCCCCGGCGGCUGCGGACGGAUGAGAUCCCUCACGUCGUCGACGAUUUCAGGGUGGCUGCGCGGAACGCCAUCGAGGCGGGGUUCGACGGCGUGGAGAUCCACGGCGCGCAUGGCUACCUCAUCGAUCAGUUCAUGAAGGACAGCGCCAACGGCCGGACCGACCAGUACGGUGGCAGCCUCGAGAACCGUUGCCGCUUCGCCGUCGAGGUGAUCGACGCCGUCGUCGCCGAGGUGGGAGCUGACCGUGUUGGGAUCAGAUUGUCGCCAUAUAUAGAUUUUAUGGACUGCUUCGACUCGAACCCCGAAGCUCUCGGCUCAUACAUGGUGCGGCAACUCAACAAGCACCCAGAGCUCCUCUACUGCCACAUGGUGGAGCCGAGGAUGGCCACCGUCGAAGGACGGAGGAAGAUCAACCAUGGCCUCCUGCCAUUUCGGAAGCAAUUCAAUGGCACUUUCAUUGCCUCCGGAGGGUAUGACCGGGAGGAAGGGAACAAGGUGGUGGAUGAUGGCUAUGCCGACCUCGUCGCCUAUGGGAGGCUCUUCUUGGCCAACCCCGACUUGCCAAGGAGGUUCGAGCUUAAUGCACCGUUAAACAAGUAUGAUGGAUCUACAUUUUACACACAUGAUCCCGUCGUUGGCUACACGGAUUACCCUUUCCUUGAGGAGAAGAAAGAGGACUCAGCUACAGUAAUUGUUUGAUUAUCACCUAAAUCGCCGAGUUUUUUUUUAUGGAUCAAUAAUGUGUACUUGUGAAACACGCAUGAGUAGAUUUCUGUGCAUGCAUAUUUGUAAUUUAAUUAAGGUUAUCUUUUGUUGAGUAUUUAUUGUAUUGAUACUGCCAAAUAUAUGGGUUACAUGUUUCGUUGA